UAGACCAGCGAGGAUCAAUAAGAUCAGCCAGGAGGCAGAGCGUGGGGGAGGAAGAUGCCCCACCAAUAACAAGUUGCUGGGACAGUUAGUUAACCUGCCAAACACCCUUAAAAAUCAGCCACCCAACAACCGAGGGAAAACCAGCAGCUCCCUCUUACCCCACGGGCUAGUGAUCUCUGUAUUAAAGUGUGCAGGGGGAGGAGGUUGGUAGCACUCUCUUGUUCUGUGCAGGGCACACAGGGGGACUCGGAGGCAGCGGCGAGAGGGGGGAGGGAGCUCACGGCUAUUGAAACAAUGCCAUCCUUCUUCUUACUUAGCGUCCCCUGCAUCCUGAUGGCUUGGAUGCUCCUGGCAAGCAGCAGCAGCAGCCCCGACGAGGAGAAGCUGAUCAGGGUCCUGGUGCUGCUGCCCAAGGACAACUCCUACCUGUUCUCCCUGGCCAGGGUCAAGCCAGCCAUCGAGUACGCCGUGCGGAGCCAGCAGGAGAACGGGACCUGCCUGCCGGGCUACCGCUUCGAGGUCAUCUACGAGGACUCCGAGUGCGGCAACCGGGCGCUCUUCAGCUUGGUGGACCUGGUGGCCCUGAAGCAGCAGAAACCGGACCUGCUGCUGGGGCCCGUCUGCGAGUACGCGGCUGCCCCGGUGGCCCGGCUGGCCUCCCACUGGAACCUGCCCAUGAUCUCGGCUGGGGCGCUGGCCACCGGCUUCAGCACCAAGACGGGCGAGUACUCGCACCUGACCCGGGUCUCGCCCGCCUACUCCAAGAUGGGCGAGAUGUUCCUGGCCCUGUUCCGGCACCACAAGUGGAGCAGGGCCACGCUGCUCUACAGCGACAACAACCAGGAGCGCAACUGCUACUUCACCAUGGAGGGGGUGCAUGUGGUCUUCCAGGAGGAGGCGUUCCCCAUGGCCGUGCACAGCUUCGACGAAAGCGGCCGCUACUUGGACCUGGACGAGAUCGUGCGCUCCAUCCAGGCCGGGGAGCGAGUUGUAAUAAUGUGUGCCAGCGGUGACACAAUAAGGAACAUCAUGCUAGCUGCUCAUCGACAAGGAAUGACCAAUGGGGACUACGCUUUCUUCAAUAUUGAACUCUUCAACAGCUCGUCAUAUGGAAAUGGCUCGUGGAAGAGAGGAGACAAACAUGACCUUGAGGCAAAGCAAGCCUACUCAUCCCUCCAAACAGUCACUCUACUGAGGACAGUGAAACCUGAGUUUGAGAGGUUUUCCAUGGAAGUGAAAAGUUCUGUUCAGAAACAAGGUCUGAACGAGGAUGAUUACAUUAACAUGUUUGUGGAAGGAUUCCAUGAUGCCAUUCUCCUCUAUGCUCUGGCUUUGCGUGAAGUCCUAAAAUAUGGCUUUGGCAAGAAGGAUGGGGAUAAAAUUGUUCAUCAGACACGGAACAGGACAUAUGAAGGCAUUGCAGGGCAGGUAUCCAUCGAUGCCAAUGGAGACCGAUAUGGGGAUUUCUCAGUGAUUGCAAUGACCAACCCAGAAGCAGGCACACAGGAGGUGAUUGGGGACUACUAUGGAAAGCAAGGGCGUUUUGAAAUUCGAUCAAACGUGAAGUAUCCUUGGGGUCCUGGCAAGCUGAGAAUAGAUGAAAACAGAGUUUUAGAGCACACGAACAAUACACCUUGUAAAUCAUCAGGUGGCCUAGGAGAGUCGGCAGUUACAGGGAUCGUAGUGGGCGCCUUACUUGGAGCAGGAUUACUAAUGGCUUUCUACUUUUUCAGAAAGAAAUACAGAAUAACUAUUGAGAGACGAAGUCAACAGGAAGAAUGUAAUGUGGGCAAGCAUCGGCAGUUACGUGAAGACUCCAUUAGAUCUCAUUUUUCUGCUGCGUAAAGAAGAAAAAAAAUCCCAUUCUUCCUGAAAAAAACUUUAGGGAAAUGGACAAAACCAAAGACAUCAGUGUAAAAGAAGAGGCUCUUGAAGAACUCAUUCUUUAAGCAGUAGAGUCAUUUUGUCUUAAUUUCUUUCAGAAACUCAGGAAUGAUUUACUAAUCACAUUAUGCCACAUGGCCUUUCAUCUCGUGGGGAAAAAAAAAGAUAGUUUCACAUUGUAGGACGUUAGUGUUUUGAGAGGGUAUUUUCUAAGACAUUUAUUGAGGGAAGCAGUUUUGUGCUUAGGGCUGGGAAUGCUUCUUCCUGACCCCUUCUUUUUAAACUCCUAGUGCUUCCUUUCUUAGCUGCAUCACAAGCAAGGAUAUCAAAAUGUGGUUUCAAUGCUGCUUUGCCAUUAAAAUAAAAAUGUCUUCAUUAUGGGCUUCCUGCAUUAUUGAAACCAAUGGGCCACUUUGCCAUGGACCUCAGUGGGUGCAGGAUUAGACUGCUAGAGUUUAAUCUCAGGAGUUGGCACUUGGGAUGUAAAUAACUAUCGAGAAAGUAAAGAGGGUGGAAACACUCAAGUCAUUUUUUCAUUGCACGUACAGUAUCAAAAUCAAGACAGGGUAUACAGAGACUGCAUCUCUUCUCACUUAUACUAGUGUAAGUCCAGAGUAGCUCCAUUGCAGUCAGUGGAGUUUCACUGGUAUGAAACAUAAGCAAGGGGAGAAGCAGAACCCUAGAGUGGAUUUGCUUUUUCUUCAGCCUGACAUAUGCUUUUAUAUUAUAACAAAACAUCCCAGAAGAGUUAUCUUUCACUCUCUCCAUCAUCACCGCCUCUUAGAAAGGCUAGUGCAGUACCUAAAGAGCUGGCUUCUGCUCCCAUUGAAGUCAACGGCAGAAGUCCCCCUGAUUUCAGUGAGAGGAGGGUACGAUCUAGACUCUGUAAAUAUUAAUGAUAGGGGAGUGUUUGUACAGUAACGGUAAUUCAAAAGAUUUUUUUUUUAUAAAAAUGACAUUCCAUGCUAGCAUUUUAUUUUUAGGUAUCUUUAUCUUGUAUUUUUCUAUUAGAAAAUGUCUAUUUUUGCUUUGGUAAGAUUAAAAGUCAAGGUGAGAAGGUUUGAAGAAAUAUUUUUACAGUGUGAAUAAUGUGCACAGGAAGUCAUUGAUGUAAAUAAAAGUUAUUUUGGUUUAUGAAUAUUAACCAGAUUUUUUUCCCCUCCCUCUUCCCCAGGCAUGUGCAGAAUGCAAAUAAUUAAUUAGCUAAACUAAAAUGCAAUUGAUUAAUUAGUUGUAAAAUUGCCAAAAAAUAUUCAGAUUGCAAAUUUAGGCCCUAAUCCUGCGGACACUUAACUUUACACACAUUCAAGUCAAUGAGACUGACUACUUACAUGGGGAAAGUAAAGCAUCUGCAGGAUUGGGGCUUUAAGAUGCUGCUGUGGGACCUGAUCCAGAUCCUGCUGCCAUUGAUAUCUCUAGUAAUUAUCUCAUUAAUUUUAUCAUGGACUUCAAUUGGAGCAGGAUUGGCUCUGUUAAAAGUAGGUUAUUUUAUACUGUAUAUAGAAAAGUUCUUAACACUUUCUAGUCAGGAAAUGUAGGUAUUAUUUAGAAUGCCUGAUUUGGAGAGUAACAGCUCUAAGAGUAUUGUCUGAGAGAGCGAGAAAAAUUACCAAGUUUGUGAAUCCUUUGGUUUAUCCUGGCAAUUUUUCAUAUUAAGAAAACUUUUCUUUAACAGAGCCCUUAAAACUAGUCCCUAAGGCAGUGGUCCCCAAACUGUGGGCAUACCCCCGGGGUGUGUGUGUGUGCAGAGGAACGUCUGGGGGCAGCACAGCAGGGCCCAAGCCAGCCCCUACUAGGAGGUGGGAAGGGAGCUCCAUCCAGCCCCGCUCUGCCCCCAGUUCCGCUCCAGCCCCAGUUCCUGGCCACAGCUGACGCCCUGACUCCACUCCUGGCCCUGGCCACAGCUCUGCUCCUGCCCCCACUCUCAGCCGCUGGGCCCGGCUCCUGGCCCCAGCUGCGGCCCCCAGCCUGGCCACAACUCCGCUCCCGGGGCGGGCGCAGACACAUUAUAUUACUGGUAAGGGGAAGGGUGCGAGAGGAAAAGUUUGGGGACCACUGCUCUAAGGGCCAGAUUCUGCCAUCAUUUAUACUAGUGUAAAUCCAGAGAAAGUGCACCGAAGUAGCUUACAGUAAACAGAGAGCAGAAUUUGGCCUGAUUUGUUUUAUUACAGCUUUCUAUUUUUUCAGUGUGUGGACAGAUUUUGCUGGUGUGUUUCAUCUACUUUUUUCUAAAACACAUAUCUGGGCAUGCAGUUUACUGCCUGCAUUUGUGAACUUCUGUCAGAUUCCUCAGGCAUCGAGGCAGGGGCCCAUUCUUGGAGCUGCUCUAGAGUAGAUCAAAGCAGCUGGAAAUGGUGGAUUUGAGACCUUAAGGAUUCCCUCUCAUUGGGUAGCACAGAGUAAGGUAGAGGCUCUAAUAUGCCCCAUUUCACAGCCUAGGUCUGCAGUGUGUGUCUGUUGAAAAAAUGACAUGGCCAAUGCACCACUAUAGCCACUAGAAUGGCCCCUCUCAAGCCAUGAACCACUGCGCUUGGCAUAGGUUAGAGCAAAAUUCACAUUGCUCUAGAGCUGGCGGAAAAAAGUUGAUCAAUUUUUUGGAAAAUUUCUAAAAUGUUUUAGUUGAAACGGCUUUUGAAAAUAUUAGCCAAAAAUUUUACUGGUUUCAAAAUCAUUUUGAUUUAUUUUUCACUUUUGGAAAUAUUCCAUUUGGGUUUUUUCCGCUCUCCUUUUCUCUCCUUUUCUGUUUUGCUACUGAAAAUAGGGGCAGGAAAAAAGCAAAAAUUAAAACCACAAUGUUUUUGUUGUAAACCAAGGGCAGUUUAAAAUAUUUUUUCACAUUUGGUUUGCUGUGACGUACACGGGAGGCUGGUCUGCCCCCUCCCCCCCCCCCCCCCCACGCUGCCUCACAGAUCAGAAACACAAAAGGUGGGCUCAAGCUGCGUUUGUCCUCAUCACCUGGUCCUGUGCCAAGCACAGUUACGUCCAGGUAGAGGAUCUGGGAUAAUUAACAGGACAAUUUUUGAUCACAUGAUCUUGUUUCAGCUAAAUGGAAUUGAGGAGAAAACAGAAAACGGUAAUUAGAGAGUCACUGUGAGGCUGAAAAAAAAAAAUCAUGCAGCCCUGCUUUUAAUCGCAAUCCUAGAUAGCAUUGCCCAGGAAGUCUCACCAGCUGGGGCUCCUGUGGAGGACUGGCCACAGCUUAAAGCACCACAACCCACUUUAUUCACUUCCAGAGGAGGCACCAUAACAUUGGGAGCAUAGCAGACUGCUGUUGGAGGAAUGCAUGGAGCCUGUUUAGCUAUUUUUUAAAAAUCUCUGUUAGUAAUAACACCCUUGGAUUAUUAAAAGUGAACAAUUUUUUAACAUUACAUUUUACCAUUGACGUGGUUUGUUUACUUUUUACAUUUUCCUUAAUUAGGACAAGGAAAAUAGACUAGUCAGUCUCCCUAUCUGGUUCUCCUGCAGUAGCUCAGUGCUUAGGCUUCAAAUGCUGCAGGGCAAUGUUUAAAUUCAAACAAAAACAUUGAUUUUCAAAUAAGUUUUUAAAGAAUUCUUUGGAUCUAAGGGGCUAUAAAAGUAAAUAAAAUGUAUUGUAAAAUGUGGGUUUCACAGAAGCUUGUUUAACCAAAACCUAUGUUUGUGGCUAUGCAUAUUUCACACACAUUCAUAUAACAACAACAAAUCAACAUAUAAAGGCCACAAAUGAGCCCAGCACUUUAGCACACAAACUUAAGCACAUCCAUAAGUGUUAAAGCGAUAUAGUUAAUAGAGGACUCAUACAUGAUUUUUUUUUUUUUGGUAGCAGUUAAAGAUGUUGGGGAAAGCUCUGCCUUCAGAUAUAUGCCUAACGCCCAUUGGCUGUCUGAAUAUCUGCAGGCAGAGUUUAGGAGUACAGGAGCUUUUGUUUAAAUGACACAUUUCACAUGAGAAAGUUGAAGUAUUUGCACUGUGCACAUCUCUGUUUAUAGAAAUAUUAGGCAGAAAGGAGUUUAAAUGGUGUGUGGUCUUAUUUUCAGACAUCUUCGAAUACGGAAUGAGAAUGAUCCCAUAGACCAUAUGCAGGCCAAAUUUCUGUUGAAGUCAAUAGAAAUGUUGCCAGUGAAAGAUUUCAGGACUGGACCAUCUGAAGGGGUUAACAAGUAGUGCCAUGGGCUAUGAGAGUGUUCUCUCCUCUUGGGAAUCACAAGAAACCUAUGCACUUCUUUUUGGCCUUAAUUCAGUCUUAAAUUUAGCAUGUAUGUGAAAUGGAGACCAUCCCUUUAUAUUUUACCCAGGUGGGUUAAAGGGGAGGCGGGUUUGGUGUUUUACAAGGAUAUUAUUGGCUUUUCAUCAGGAAAAUAAUAUUGCCUUGACUUGGAGACUUUCUUGGAUUAGUGUUUAAUUAUGAAAUAACUGUGUAGAUAUAUUUUUUAAAAUCUAGAAUUGCUUCUUCCAGAAUGCACAUUUCAAAAUGCCUCUGACUGGUGUACACCACAUUUAGACCCUACAAAAAUGACUUAAAAGGUGCUGGACUAGAGUUCAUUCAAAAUUUCUCAUUAACCACUAAUGUUAAUAUUCUGCAUCGAUGGCAAAAUACUCUGAAGAAUCUGACACUGUUAAAGUUUAUAUGUUAAACUACAGCACAUCAGAUGUCUUUCGUGGAUUCAUUAGGUGCUGAAACUUCAGAAGGUUAAAAAUCCUGACUCUGUGUAAACUGUUGCUUGGUGUUUCUGUUGUGUGAAUGUUCCUACCAGACACUUGAGCAAGCAGAGGAAAUGUACCUAAUAGGGGAUUUAAAAAAAUCUUGUUUUAAUUGUUAAUUUCUUAAUCUAAGCUGAUCCGCACAAGGAAUAACUGCACAAUUCUCUCACACCGAAGUCUGUGACCAUGGGUUUUACAAACAUUAGGCCAGAUCAUCAGCUGACAUUUAUUGGCACAGCUACAUUGACUUCAGUAGAGUUGCACUGAUAUUUACCAGCUGAAGAUCUGGUUCAUUUCUUUGACACCUUAUCCCCUAUGACCCACAUGCAUGGAUGUUUCUCCAUAUAGUGUAGGAGGCGCCACUAAAAAAGCCAAUGUAACAGUUACCACACAGUGGUAUACGAGAUCAUUAAAGUUUUUCUUUGUAUUUAGUACAUAUCUGGGGUGACUGUGAGGUAAUGAUUGGCAAGUGUUGACUGUUUAAUGGCUUCUACUGUAGCAAAGAAUUCAAGGAGUGGAAAGGUCUGUUGGGAAUAGAGAAUUAAUACCUGCACAGUUGAGUUGAGGGAGAAAAGAAAGAAACUCAGGGACUGAUUGUACGCCCAUUGAUGUGCUACUGACUUCAAUGAGAGCAGGAUCAAGCUCUUGCUUUCUGCACAGGAUGCGGUCUAUAUUAUUUUAUACUUAAGCUCAGAGGACCAGCCCAAGGACUAUUCACCAAUUAAAUCCCACUUAAGACCUCAAAAUAUGGCUUAAAUUGAAUUUAAGUGGCACAUAGGACUUGGGCUGACCCUCUGCCCAGGGGUGACUCUCACCUCUAAAACUAAGUGCUUACCUAAAUAAGAGUGUUUAUUUUAUUGAGCAUGUCUAAAAAUAUAAAGCCUCAGGCAUUGGGGCAGAAUGCGGAGGGGAAGGUGAUGGGAUGGAUUUGCUUUGUUCCUUGUGCCUAGUAUGUAAUUAUCACGAAACCAAGAGGACUCAGGAUAGAGACUGUGGAAGUUAACUUUGUCCCCUUUUUUGGGGUGAUACUAUUCAUUAUCAAUGUAAAAAUACUGGACAACACAGAAAUGUAGUAUCAGUCUAGUAGAAAACGAAUGGAAAGCUGCACAGUAUAUUGUACUGAUGUAAGUAGAACUAUAUGCAUAUAAUGUGAUUUUAUUUAUUGUUGUUUUUGUGUCAAGGAGAAUGUGUAUUCAUGACUGUGGAUAUAACCUCUGUUUUAUGUGUGUAAUGUAUUUCUUUCUUUUACAAGUUGGUCAUUUAAAACAUCUACAUUCGUCAGUGCCCACUGAUUUUAAUUGUGUACAUUUUUUGUAAACACAUCAAGAAGGCAAGAAUGUCACAUAUCCAGAUUAUAACAAAAUGUUCCCAUUAAAGAAAUAGAAAUCUGA